AUGUUUAAAUUACUGCCACCACUUUUUCAACGAUUAUAUUCAACAGCUUCAAAUUUAAAGAUUAUGGAAGGAUUCAUCGGUGCAAUUGGUAAUACACCAUUGAUACGAUUAAGAAAAUUGAGCCAAGAAACCGGCUCGGAAAUUUAUGGUAAAGCAGAAUUCAUGAAUCCUGGCGGUUCUGUGAAAGAUAGGGCUGCGUUAUUUGUGGUCAAAGAGGCUGAAGAAAAAGGUCUUAUCAAACCUGGUGGUACUGUUAUAGAAGGCACUGCAGGAAACACUGGUAUUGGUCUUGCUCACGUAUGCAGAGCAAAAGGGUAUAAAUGCGUUAUUUAUAUGCCAAAUACGCAAAGUCAAGAAAAAAUUGAUCUGUUGAGGAUGCUUGGUGCCGAAGUUCAUCCGGUACCAGCUGUUCCUUUUGAUAAUCCCGAUAAUUAUAACCAUCAAGCUCGUCGUCACGCUGAAAAACUUGAGAAUGCAGUAUGGACUAACCAGUUUGAUAAUACUGCAAAUCGACGUGCACAUAUUGAGACCACUGGUCCAGAAAUUUGGGACCAAACUAACGGUCUGAUUGAUGGUUUCACAUGUGCCACUGGCACCGGUGGAACUUUCGCUGGCGUGGCUCGCUUUCUAAAAGAUAAAAAUCCCAACAUCAAAGUAUUCAUUGCUGAUCCACCGGGUUCCGUUUUAUACACAUAUUUUAAGAGCGGUGGUAAAUUGAUGGAACGCACCGGAAGUUCAAUUACUGAAGGUAUUGGACAAGGUCGUGUUACUGAUAACCUUUCUGGUGAUGUGCAUUUGGUAGACGAUGCGUUGUAUAUCCCAGAUGAAAAAUCUAUUGAAAUGGUAUAUAGACUAUUGGAUGAAGAGGGUCUCUAUCUCGGUGCAUCAACAGCAUUAAAUGUUGUUGCAGCUGUAGAGAUGGCAAAGAAAUUGGGUCCAGGUAAAAAAAUUGUCACCAUCCUAUGUGAUGGUGCUUAUAGAUAUCAAUCACGAUUAUUCAGUCGAAAAUGGUUAGAAAGUAAAAAUCUUUUGGAUUCCAUCCCAAAUAAUUUGCAAAAGUAUAUAGUUUUACCAUAA